AUGAACUCGCAAGGUCUCUUUGAAACCAGCCCUUAUCACACGUGGACGGGAUCCCCUUUUGAAUGGGACCAUACCCCAGCGGUCCAUCUCCCAAACCCACAAAGCUCUGAUUCUGGUCACGCCAAGCGUCUGGCAUCAAGAAGUGGUCAAUCAUUAUUAGAUGAAAAUUACGACCUGUUUGACACCGAAGUGGUGGAUAAGUUCCUGUUCAACGUGUCUGAAUCAAAUAGCUCCAAAGACGAUUACACAAGUUCUGUUUCGUUCUGUGGAAUGCUUGAAGCCGAAGGAACGUCACCACCGGCUACUGGGGCACGGACAAAGGUCAUAUCAGAUACCAGUUCUCCUAUGACCGAAGUCGUCAUUGACAUUCCUGGGGAGCGUCGUCGUGCCCAAAAUCGUGCGGCUCAGCGGGCACAUCGUGAACGGCAGAAACGUUACGUGGCCCAGCUUGAGAAGAGGUUUUUUGCCCUGCAAGCUAACUACAACCACUUGGAUGAAAAAUAUAAGAAGGUCGAGAGAGAACACCAGUCAUUAAUGAGAAUGCUCUCCCGACAAAUUCCAGCAACGCCUCCUGUCGCACAAGCAAAUAUGGAUUCCUUCUUGUCCGUCAGCAGCAAUGACCCGUUGGCGGUCAACGAGUUUCUAUUAUGCGACCAAGAACCUGAGCAAACAAUGGCAGAGGGGAUUGAUGGCGUCUUUUCAAAAGCGCGCCGUGGGUUUGAUGAACCUGUGGAAUGUAUCGUGGAGACAAGAGAUGGCAUGAUGCCGACUAUCAUUUCAUCGACAUAUAUACUGUCCCAAAUUCAAAUUUAUGCCGGAAACUGGGACCUCUGGGACCGACCUGUCGAUGCCUACCGUGAUGCAGGGUUUGAUCUGUUCACUCCACGCAUUGUGAAUGGGCUCGGGAGAGCAAGAGAAUUCUCGCUCCGUCUGGUCCUGGCACAACAGAAAGUCCUGAUGCGGUUAUGCUUGACGCCGACUUCAUUCUUCAACACCGGCCAAACAUAUCAGUUUGCGGAUGAAAACAUUACAGCAGGAGAUGGGAAAGGAGAAAUUGACUCGGACGCGAGCCGGCUUGGGUCAUUGAAAGAUACGGCUUGGGGCAGCCGCCAGAGAAGUACGACUACAGCACAGCUCUUUUACAAAUGGAUUUCUGUCAUCGCAGGAUGGAAGACGGUGGUGGUGGCAAUACAUCUGGUGGUACUCUUGACCGCAGUUCCCUUCGUCAACGAAGACGAGAUGUCGAUGUCUGUCAUAUGCGAUGCACGAGCACUUGGAUAUUCUGGAACGAGUUCACAUUUACUUCGAAGAAGCCACUACUACCACUACCACCCACCCGCCUCGGACGGGGAUGAUUUGACACCAUAUGAUUGUCCUGUCAGAGCGACUUCCUGA